AUGGGUGGGGAUCCAUUAGAUUUAGUUGAGGAUGAAGAGAGUGAUGGGGAAGAAGAUUGGGUGGCGGAGAGGUUCUUACCGGGUGAAGAAGGUAGACAACAUGUGAAGAAGUUAGGUGGGUUCUUGAGAGGGUUAGAUUUGGAAAGAGGGGCUGAAAAGGUUAGAGAAGCUAGAAGGAGGGAGAGGGUUUUGGAUAUGAAAGGGCAAGAGUUUGAGGAGGUUGAGGAUGGAGUUGUACCAGGUAUGAGAGAGAGAAACAUGGAUAGAGAAGAAAGAGGAAGGGAGGAAUGGGAAAAGGAAGAAAUUGAGAGAAGGUUCGAAAAGAGGUUAUCGAUCUUGUUUCUUGAUGGAUAUGAUACAAUCGAUUACGAUCCAAUAGAUCUUUCAGAACCUCUCGAAGGUGAUAUACUCUUAUAUCAAGAUGAACAAGAGAAUUAUUUCGAUGAUGAAACACCAAGCGGAACACCUCAGGAUUCGACUUAUGACGAUGAAGAACUUAAAACUCCUCGAGAUUCCAUUCAUCAAGAUGAAAAGGAAAUGGGGUCACAGAAUGGACAAGGGGAAUAUGAUUAUUGA